AUGUUCCGCAUCGCGCAACGAAUACUUGCCCAUCUUAACGAGCGACGCCGGCUCCAUUCUGAGAAAGUCGCUCCAUCUCGCUUAAACAAGCAACCCGUGCCACCCCGGCUGCGUACUUUACGGCAACGCAAAGGCAGCAGUGCGGCACCAGGGAAUUUAAAACUGCUCAUGCUAUCAAGACAGUCGAGCUAUGUCCACGCCCGCUCGCUCUUCUCUGCCAUCUACCAACGAAACCCUCGUCUCGUUGUCAAUGAUGACAUGGUAUUGGCUCCAGGAUUUCAAUUGGCCUUGAAGGCCAUGUCUUCGGCUCUGUUGUAUUGCUCGUCUGCGCUGCUGGCAUCUUGCCAAUCAACCUUCGCCGAUCGAGACUAUCCAGCGACUCUUGAACUGGUUGAUGAACCCGUCAUGGACAACAACGAGUCGGCCAAGGAAUAG